AUGAGGGACACCGCCGACGAUGACUCCGACGACACCAACACUUGGAAUGGAAACUCAACACAACAAAUUGAUUGCUGUUCAGAGUGUCUGAGCUCUGAUCCCAUGACUAACUCGACUCCUGAGCCCAACACCAGUCCUGAUGGUGACAGUGAGGACACGGAUCACAUGGACCACGACAAUGACGAGGAGCAGCACAUGGAGAUGCAGGCGGACCAAGAGGUGCAGCAAUUGGACCAACAGAUUGAAGAGUUGACUCAAUUGGACACCAAAUUGGAUCAAAUCAGUCACUUCUUGGACAAAAUCGAGGAGAAGAACGAGUCCUUAAGACAACAAAUCAAUAGUUUUCUAAACGAUAUUAAAGAAGAGAAUUGCGUUAAGAAUAACAAUAACCAGAAGAAUAAUUAAUGUAUCCGUUGAGCUGUUCCACACAUUAUCCCAGAAAUGAUUCAUUUAGACAAUUAAGACAAUUAAGACAUUA